GUCCCCNCAACAGUCGCGGGGCCGAACGCGGCCCACGGGCAGGGCGCGGAAGGGGAGUAAGCGCGAGGCCGGGGACGAGCGGGGGGGCGGCGAGGGAGGGGCGCACCUACUAGCCCUCCCGGCCUGCAGCGACCCCGCCUACGUCGCGGGACGAGGACCCUCGGAAUAGCCUCAGUCGGCCUCCAGCCCGGGACCCGCCUGGUGCGUUCUGAGUCCACCUGCUCUUAAGCCUCUGUGAUCGGAAUCCAGCCUCUUCACCUCCCCAAGCCCCAGCUUCCACAUCUACGAGCUGGCAAUGAAGAGGCGGGUCUGCGUCAUCCUCCCAGGCGAGACUCCCGACUGCGGCCCAUGGGCCUCUGAGGAGGCGUUUUAAGUCUGCCCAGCUCCCCACGUGCUGUGCUUCCACUCAAUGGGAAGGGAACCCAGGCCUUGUGCAGCCAUCAGCCACGGCCUCUCGACAGCACCAGGAUGGAAGUCAAAGGUCAGCUGAUCAGCUCGCCUACCUUCAAUGCCUCAGCUGCCCUGUUCGGAGAGGCUGCUCCCCAGGUGAAGUCAGAGCGUUUGCGGGGGCUGCUCGACCGGCAGCGGGCCCUGCAGGAGGCCCUGAGCCUGAAACUUCAGGAGCUCCGCAAAGUGUGUCUCCAGGAGGCGGAGCUGACUGGCCAGCUGCCCCCCGAGUGCCCGCUGGAGCCUGGUGAACGGCCCCAGUUGGUCCGCCGGCGGCCCCCUGCAGCCCGAGCCUACCCUCCAUCGCACCCCAACCCAGCACACCACUCCCUGUGCCCUGCCGAGGAGCUGGCUCUGGAGGCCCUGGAGCGGGAGGUGUCGGUGCAGCAGCAGAUCGCGGCCGCCGCCCGCCGCCUGGCCUUGGCCCCCGAGCUGAGCGUUGAGCAGCGCCGCCGCCGGCGCCAGGUGCAGGCAGAUGCGCUGCGGAGGCUGCACGAGCUGGAGGAGCAGCUGGGGGACCUCCGGGCCCGCCUCGGCCUCCCGGGGCUCCCACCGCCACAGCCCCUGGGCCUGGCCCCGGGGGCGGCCCUCACCGCACAGGGGGUGUGCCUGGGCACGCGCCUGGCUCAGCUCAGCCAAGAGGACGUCGUUCUGCACUCGGAGAGCAGCUCCCUCUCAGAGUCUGGGGCCAGCCAUGAUAAUGAGGAGCCCCGGGGCUGCUUCCCUCUGGCCGAGCGCCCCUCGCCACCCAAGGCCUGGGACCAGCUGCGGGCCGUAUCUGGGGGCAGCCCUGAGCGGCGAACCCCAUGGAAGCCACCACCGUCAGAUCUUUAUGGGGAUCUGAAGAGCAGGCGGAACUCUGUGGCCAGCCCCACCAGCCCCACGCGCUCGCUGCCCAGGAGUGCCUCCAGUUUUGAGGGGCGAAGCGUGCCUGCCACCCCUGUCCUCACCCGGGGCGCUGGCCCCCAGCUCUGCAAACCCGAAGGCCUCCAUUCUCGCCAGUGGUCCGGCAGCCAGGACUCCCAGAUGGGCUUCCCCCGGGCAGACCCUGCCUCCGACCGUGCCUCCCUCUUCGCAGCCCGCACCCGUCGCAGCAACAGUUCUGAGGCCCUGCUUGUGGACCGGGCGGCCGGUGGGGGAGCUGGCUCCCCGCCUGAGCCUCUGGCUCCCCCUGCCGCUGGCCCCCCGGUCUGCAAGAGCAGCGAGGUUCUGUAUGAGCGCCCACAACCAGCCCCUGCCUUCUCCUCCCGCACAGCUGGCCCCCCAGACCCUCCCCGGGCCGCCCGGCCUAGCUCAGCGGCCCCUGCCUCCCGUGGAGCCCCCCGGCUCCCACCUGUGUGCGGGGACUUCCUCUUGGACUAUUCCCUGGACCGGGGCCUGCCCCGCAGCGCCGGCGGUGGGGCGGGCUGGGGGGAGCUGCUGCCUGCACCUGAGCUCCCAGGACCCCUCUCCCGCCGGGAUGGGCUGCUCACCGUGCUCCCAGGCCCGCCACCCGUGUAUGCAGCCGACGGCAGCAGCCCCCUCCUCCGCAGCAAGGACCCCCACACCCGUGCCGCCCGCACCAAGCCCUGUGGCCUGCCCCUGGAGGCCGCCGAGGGCCCAGAGGUGCACCCAACCCCCCUGCUGUGGGUGCCCCCGCCCGCCCGUCUCCCCCCAGCUGGCGAGCGCAGCGGCCAUAAGAACCUUGCCCUGGAGGGGCUGCGGGACUGGUACAUCCGCAACUCGGGACUGGCCGCCGGCCCCCAGCGGCGGCCUGUGCUCCCCCACGUGGGCCCGCAACACCCGCCCUUCCUCCAUGCCCGCUGCUAUGAGGUGGGCCAAGCGCUGUAUGGGGCCCCCAGCCAGGCGCCGCUCCCGCACUCGAGGAGUUUCACGGCACCCCCUGUCUCCGGCAGGUAUGGGGGGUGCUUUUACUGAUGGGUAGGGGUCUCUUGAGGCAGAUGGCAAAGGUAUCCAGGCUGGGGAGCAGCCAGUCCCGGUAUCUAAUGACUCAGACCGCGAGAGAACUUAGCCGCAGCCUCGGCUCAGGGUCCUGGGCCCUGCCUGACCUGCAUGAGUCCAUGGGGUCUCGGUCGAGGGGUGUUCUGGGCCCCGGCAGCAACAGCAGUUGUCUACCAAGCUGUAGAAGAAUUCUAAUAUUUGGACAAAACAGUGCAUGUCAGCUGAAAAUGAGCCUCGAAAGCAGGGUGCUGGGAGGAAGGGCCUCCUGGGCCCCUAGCCUUUCUCUUCUUCCUUUUGCCGUGCCCCCACGCUUGUGAGCCUGAAGGUGCUGUCCUGUGCCUGCCUCCACCUCUUUAACGAGCCUCUUUUCCUCUCUUUCUGUGUCUUGUCCGUCUUUUCCUCUCUUCUCUGUCUUGCCACCCUGUCCGGAUUCCUGCUACCCCUUCUAAAGAUACUACGCGGACUUCCUGUACCCCCCGGAGCUGAGCGCUCGUUUAAGUGACCUGACGCUAGAGGGGGAGCAGUCCUCCAGUUCUGAUCCCCAGACCCCGGGGACACUGGUCUGACCCCUUCUGAUAUGCCCCUUGUUGGCCUGGGCACGACUUUAGUCGGGAGCACACAGCUGACCUCGCUGAACUCUGGGGUGUGAUUGCUUAGUCCUGUGGGGUGCCGACCUGAUUUUCCAAGGCCCCUGGCUCCUUGUGGACCCUUGAAGGUGUCUGACACCCUGCUUCCCCUCUCACACUGUGCUGGGAACUGGGGCCCUCAGCCAGCUGAAAAGAGGGGUGAUGGUGUAAUGGGGACUCCAGGCCCCUCCCUCCAUUUCUGUUUACACUUGUGAUUUAGGUAUUCACUGUCUUCCCCCAACACUAGACGUUUUAUAAAAGGGAAACUGUGAUCUCGUCCUGGUUGGGUUCAUUCCUGUCCCCACGCCCAGCCGGUUCCAUUCAGGAACCCCCCCCCAAAAAAAAAAAACCGGACCAUAUAGGGUCUCAGGGCCCUGUUCAGUGCAGCCAGGAGGCUCUGGUGUGAACAGAACUCCCUGCCGCCCCCCACCAGGGCAGUUCUUGGGGAGGUGGGCUCUCUGCCCACAUUUGGAAGGACUGAAGUCUAGGGAGGGGGCUUGGGUUCAUUUUCCUCCCCCC